ACUUUAUUUUGAGGUUACGGAUUAAUUUCAAAAUAACAACAAUCUUCUGAUUUUUUUAUUUUAUUAAAUAAAAAUCGAAAAAUGACUUUUACGUGAGUUUUGAUCAUGUUACGAAUACUUGACAAGAAACUAAUAUUUCGAUGCAAUCAUCUUAAUAAACUGUGUAUAAGAAGAUAUGUUAUUUACAACCAGAAAAACCUGGAACUGGAUCAGGCAUAUGUGCCCCACAAAGUGGAGAACGUGACAAAACCGAAUUAUUUCAAGCCUCAACAAAAACAAUCAAGGCCCUUUAUUCUCGUUUUACCUCCUCCUAAUAUUACAGGUACUUUACACAUUGGACAUGCAUUGACUGCUACCAUACAGGAUGUCUUGGUUAGAUGGAAACAAAUGCAGGGUUUUGAAACCCUUUGGAUUCCUGGUACUGAUCAUGCCGGAAUAGCAACUCAAGUUGUUGUUGAAAAGCUUCUAUGGAGCGAAAAUAAACAGACUAGACACAAUAUAGGCAGAGAACUAUUUAUAGAGAAAGUUCAUGAAUGGAGAAAAGAGAAAAGUCCUAUUAUAAGAGAACAACUUCAGAGACUAGGAGUUCUUCUAGAUUGGGAUAGGGAGGUUUUUACUUUAGAUGAACAAAGGUCCAAAGCAGUACAAGAAGCAUUUAUAAAACUAUUUGAAGAGGGCCUAAUAUAUAGAUCGAAAUCUUUGGUGAACUGGUCAUGUGCUCUUAAGUCUGCAAUUUCUGAUAUUGAAGUCGAACAACUUACUUUAACUGGAUCUACCAAUAUUUCAGUUCCUGGUUAUGAAGAACCUGUUGAAUUUGGCAUUCUUACUAAAUUUGCCUAUUUAAUCGAAGGGACAGAAGAGGAAAUUGUUGUGGCUACUACUCGACCAGAAACAAUGUUGGGAGAUGUUGCGAUUGCGGUGCAUCCAGAUGAUUCCCGGUAUGCAAGACUGAUAGGAAAAUUUGCAAAGCAUCCUUUUAGAAAUAAUACAAUACCUAUUAUACCCGACAGUUUUGUAGAUAGGGAAUUUGGAACAGGAGCAGUUAAAAUUACACCCGCCCAUGAUUUCAAUGACUACGAAGUAGGAAAACGACAUUCUUUAGAAAAUAUACAGGUUAUUGAUGAAAAUGGAAAGUUGACGUUAGAAUGUGGAAAAUUCUUCGGGCUUCCUAGAUUUGAUGCAAGGAAAGUCAUUACAAACGAGUUACAACAUUUGGGAUUACUUAGAAGCAGAGAGGAACAUCCUAUGGUCGUGCCUAUAUGCAGCCGUUCUAAGGACAUCGUCGAAUUUUUAAUACGUCCACAAUGGUUUCUAAAAUGCGAUUCGAUGGCCGCAGAAGCCAUUCGAAAUGUAAAAGAAGGCAAACUGUCAAUUGAUCCAAAAAUGAUGGAGAAAACAUGGUUUACAUGGUUAGAAAAUAUAAGAGACUGGUGUAUAUCCAGACAGCUUUGGUGGGGACAUCAAAUUCCAGCAUAUUUGUGUUCGAGUUCAAAGACUGAGGAAACUGUUUGGGUAGCCGCUGAAAGCGCAGAAAUCGCUACCCAAAAAGGAGCGUCCAAAUUGGGUUUACCGGCCAGCGAUGUAAAUGUUAAACGAGAUGAAGAUGUUUUAGAUACUUGGUUUUCUUCUGCUCUCUUUCCAUUUUCUGUGUUUGGUUGGCCACAAAAGACACAAGAUCUCCAGAAAUAUUAUCCAAUAUCUUUAAUGGAAACGGGCCACGAUAUUAUUUUCUUUUGGGUAGCCAGAAUGGUAAUGCUUGGAACGAAAUUAACUGGACAACUUCCUUUUAAUAAAAUUUGUCUACAUGGUAUUGUUUGUGAUUCCCAAGGAAGAAAAAUGUCCAAAAGUUUAGGAAACGUCAUUGACCCACAAGAUGUUAUCCGUGGUGUUAGUUUAAACGAAAUAAACGCUGUUUCUAAAAGAAGUUAUGAAAAAGGAAUUUUAUCUAAAGAAGAAUUUGAAAGAUGUAUACACAGCCAAAAGAAAAUGUUUCCCCAAGGAAUUCCUGAAUGUGGUUCGGACGCUUUAAGAUUUACCUUAGUUUCCCAUAAUAUUAAAAAUAUGUAUAUAAAUUUUGAUGUGAGUGAAUGUUACACGAAUAAACUAUUUUGUAACAAAAUAUGGCAAGCUACCAAAUUUACCAAACAUUGGUUUGCUGAAGUAUCUGGUCGUCAAGAACUAAAAACUGUUGAUUUCGAUCAAUUGGCUGAGGUUGAUUAUUGGAUAUUAAGCAAAUUGACAUUUAUGAUUGACAAAGUUAUUGAUGGGAUAGAAGAUUUCGAUUUUUAUAUUUGUACAAAUGCAUUAAAGAAUUUUUUGUAUUUUGAAUUUUGUGAUAUAUAUUUGGAAACUACAAAAAGAGGAUUACGAUCAUCUGAUAAUGCUAUUGCAUUGGGUCAUUUAUGGACUUUGUUAACGUGUUUAGACAUAUCGUUACGAGCUCUAGCACCAUUUAUGCCAGUUUUAAGUGAACAUUUACAUUCACGUUUACCAGUAUUUCCGGAUCAAGAAAAAGUGCUGGAGUGGCCACAGAAGUUGAACUGGCGUAAUGAACAUCUUGAAAGAACUGUUGAAGAUGUAAUGGAUAUUGUGAUAGCACUAAGAAGGUUAAAAAAGACAUUUAAUAUUAGCUCCAAAAGUGAAUCAAAAGUUCAUUUGGUGGAUUCUUCAAAUCUUCUAAAAAAAUAUCUAAACAUAAUCGAAGAUCUCACGGGCUUUAAAGAUAUUAGGCUAGAUGGAACUUUACCUGAUGAAGUUGUGUCGUGUAGUCUUAAGGACAAAAGUGGAAAUACAUAUAUUUAUCUGCAGGUAUCCGACGAAGUUAAAAAGUCCUUCCAAACUGAUUUGCUACAAAUUGAGAAGAAGAAGGAAAAAAUAAAUAAAGAAUUGAAUAAAAUGAACAACAUGGUUUCUGGAUCGACCUAUAAAAUUAAUGCUUCCUUAGAAAAGCAAGAAAUUCACUCGAAAAAGAUAUCAUCUCUGCAGGAGCAAUUAGUACGAUUAGAAUAUUUUCAAAAUAUUGCAAAAGGAUCAUAGUAUUGUCGAAUUUUGUAAAUAAUAAAUUAUAC